UGAAUAAUUUUUAAAGACAUAUUCUAAAGUACUGUGUUUCGAUGUGUGUACAUUGAGGUUAUGUGAAUAACCUCUACCGUUUAGUUGACAGCGUUUGUAAACAGUCUUUAUUUAAACAUUUUCAUACCUUAUUUGAAUUUUAAUCAAUUAAUUAGGGUUUCAAUUGUCGGUCAGAAAAUCUAACCAAUUUUCGCAUCCUUGUCAUUUCAUUUGGUCAUAUCAUAUGUCUUUUCAUGCUAUAGCAUGAAAAAUGAAGUUAACUGUUCAUUCAGUUCUUCAGCCGUACUGCCUUUCAGCAGUGCUAUUCCUCGUGUUCUUUAAAUGUAAAGGGCAUAGAUACAGCGUGACCAGACACCAAAACAAAAAAAUAUGAUAUUCUGAAAAUAUGUGCUUUGGAAAGUAGAGGUCUUGAACUGUUUAUGAAUCAAUUCCAUCAUGGCAGAUAAAAAGCGAUCCCACGGGAGCAGUUUAGAGUCACAAUCUUUAUCUCCAGACAGGACAAGGAUUUGUAAGAUCAGUGAGGCUUCUUCAGAACAAAAUGAGCUGUCUAAAAAGCUGAGACUUAAGGAAAAUAGCAGAAGCAGCAAUCUGCCAAAGGAAAAGGAGAAGAAGAAGAAGCUUAAGAAAUUAGAAAAGAAGAAGCGAAUGAAAGAGAAAAAGUUAAAAAAGAAGCACAAGAAAGAAAAAAGGAGGCUUAAAAAGGCUGCAGCAGCAGCUAUGACAAGUACAGAAAAUGCAAAGGAUGUGAAGCAUAAAGUUUUUAGGGACAAGGAGCCUGAGGAACCUUCAGACCAGUUGUUGAUGGACAGGGCUAAAGCUAUGGCUCCAAUGACCAAGGAAGAGUGGGAGAAGCGUCAGAGCGUGAUUCGUAAAGUGUAUGAUGAAGAAACUGGUAGGCAUCGGCUCAUCAAGGGUGACGGAGAGAUUUUGGAGGAGAUUGUGAGUCGAGAUCGGCACCGUGAAAUUAACCGGCAAGCUACUCAGGGGGAUGGUGCUUUUUUCCAAUCCACAAUAGCAGCCAAACUGAAAAAAUAAGAAUGAUAUAUUGUGCAAAAAUGAAAAUAAUAUAUUGUAUUAUAUAGUAAAAUGUGAAUCUGAUAAUAUGUUUCUGAGGAUAUGAAACAGAUUAUAAAAUCAGGCUCUUCUCUUCUAAGUAGGAAGAAGGAGAGAAGACAUCUUUGUGUACAUAGGAGUCCUCAAUCUAGUCAGUGUUUCUAUCAAGUAGUUUACAAUACCACUAAUAUUCCUUUUCCCAGCCUUUGAGUGCCGUAUUUAAUUUGCCAUUCUGUCUGCAUAUUACGGUUCUCAGGUGAGAAAUACAUUCAACUCGUUAGGGCUGAGUGGUAAUUAUAUGUAUCACACUUUUACAAUUAUAAGAUUUUUCUUAGAGUAUAUUUGUGGGUUUCACAUAAUUCUCAUUGUUUUCCUAAAUAAAUUGAUCUUCUUAAUGCAGAUGUUUUUUUGUUGAGGUAAGAUAAUUUUUAAAUAUUAUUUAGAUGAGACUGGCUUCAGAAGGUUAAGAGAGGGUUAUGGGGCCCCAGUGGGUGUUCAUAACACUGGUGUCACAACCAAGCAUGCUACUUCUUCUGACACACACACACAUAUAUAUAUAUAUUUUAAACCAAGAUUAUGGUAAGCAAGCAUUUAGAAAGACCUUGGCAAUCAAGCAAUAAAAAGCAGAAGUUUCCCCUUUUUAUUGUCAAGGCAGGAAAAUAUAAGACCAGGACGUCUAAAAGCUGUAUGAUAUGUUACAAUGUACUGAAGGCUACUAAGAGUUCAGACCUCUAAUGCCUUACUUUAUCACAUAAGAGUGCAAAACAUGUCAUUUAAUGGAGAAAUAUUGAUCACCAUUUCACAAUGUAGUAUACUAGUAACUACUCAUAAGGUACAUGAAAAGUAGACAUAAUGGGAGGGCAGUGCCAGCCUGCAUAUUUCAUCUCUGAAACUAUUCUACUCAAAAUGUUUUGAUUAAAUUUGGUAUCGGGGUAUCUACAAUUUAAGUUAUAACACAAAGUUUGUCUGGAUGGAAUUUGUAUAACCCCCAUUUUACAUUAAUUCAAUCAUAAUGUUCCUAGAAAUGGCUCACUGAUAAUUAUAUAACAAAGGAGAAAGAAGGAAACCAGCAUAAAAAAACAGAUUCAUUAAGGUGACUGACUUGUAGUCACCUGUAUGCCAUUCUUCAAUAGAAGGAAACAAUGUUUGACUAUGCUCUGUCAUCUGUAUUGUGAUCAGUUUUGCAAUAAAUGAACAAGGCCAAUGA